AUGGAGGCAACAGUGAAAAAGUUUCAGCAGAAAUUCAAGAGGGUGAAAGAUGACAUGGAUAAAUGGGACAACCUUCAUGCUCAAUUAGUAUCACAGUUCAGAAAUGCUUCUUCCAUCAUUGGAAGGUUACAGUUGCUCGAAAGUCCCAAAAACUAUGGUUCCCUAAAAAACCUUGAUAACAUUAAAAAUACCAUCUUCACAAAACAGAUGGAAUCCCUUCAGAAGAUCUUGCUUUCAAUGACUAAAACUCUGUACGACCAUCAGGUAGCCAACAGCCCUGUGUCGCUGUGUCGGUAUUGUUUAGCCCUAAUUCCUUCAACUCUUUCGUUCUGCUGGACAAGCUUUUGA